CUUCCUAUGAGUUAUCGUCAAACGUUUUCUUAUGAGGUGUAUCUCCUUAACCGGAUUGAAAGUUUCGAAUAAAAGCUCACAGGUCUCAACAGACACCUCAGUUUCAAAAGAGAAUUCAAAGCAAUAAUCAUGAAAAGCUUUCUUAUGUUAACACUCGUGGCCAGUCUGGCAUUGGCUGAAAAGGCUCCAGGAUCCACCAUUGAGUUCCCUGGGGAGGUUGGAGGAAGUGGAUCUUACUCUGGAUCCGAACAAGUCGGCGGCAGUGGCUCCCAUGGCGGCAACGGAGUUGGUGGCAGUGGCUCUCAUGGCGGCAACGGAGUUGGUGGCAGUGGCUCUCAUGGCGGAAAUGGAGUUGGUGGAAGUGGAUCUACCUCUGGAGUGACUGGUGGCAGUGGAUCUUACAACAGUAAUGGCGUUGGCGGGAGUGGAUCCACCAGCGGUAAUGGAGUCGGAGGUAGUGGAUCUUCAAGUGGAAAACCUGUGGGAGGCAGCGGGUCUACCAGCGGUCGAAACCGGAGAGAGAUUCAAUACCCGGGCAGCACCAGUGGGGGGCACUUCUCAUCCGGAACCCGACAUGGAAAGCCUCAGUACAGGAGCUACCCAGGAACAGGGGGAGGAUCUGGUUAUUACCCUGGUUCCAAUGGAGGCUCCUCUGGAUAUUACCCAGGUCAAAAUGGAGGAAAUUAUCCUGGAUCUAGCAAUUUAGGAGGAUCAGGCUCGUACUCGGGCAAUAAUGGCUACCCAAGUCACAACAAUGUUGGAGGGUCCGGAUCUUACUCUGGAAACAAUGGUUAUCCCAGCUAUAAUGGUGUUGGUGGAUCUGGUUCUUACUCGGGCAACAAUGGUUAUCCUAGCUAUAACGGCGUUGGUGGCUCAGGCUCUUACUCUGGUUCUAACAAUGGUUAUGGAGGAUCUUCAUCUUAUCCCGGCUCAGUUGGAGGGUCAGGAUCGUACUCUUCAUCCAACGGAGGAUCUGGGUCUUACUCCGGCCGUUAAGCGGGCUUACCAAAGAAAUGAUGGCACAAUGUUUUAUAAACCAUUAAAAAAUGAUGAUCACUAGUAGUUAGGAUAAAUCUGUCAUUUUUAAUGACUAAAUUUAUCACUUUUAUUGAAUAAAUAUGGUUAGAUAGA